ACGAGGAUGCACUCACCAAUCAACGGAUCCCCAGUGUCUCCCCGCCAUUGAGUUUAAUAAUUUCUUGAAUAAUCCGAGGAAACAUCGUCGGUUUGCGUCAGACUUGGCUUCAAGUGAUUUUGCGCAGAAAAAGAGUAAAUAUAUAAAUUGGCCAUCGUUCCACCCAUCUCUAAAACCCACUCCAAGUUACCUGCAGACUACGACCGUCGCCAUUGAAAAGCAAACUCCAAUUGCAAAACAACCAUUCUGGCUUCGACUUCCUUUACCACCCCCGAUAACCAAUAAACCAAACAUCCCCAAUAUAGACAGGCCUUCCCUGACAAAUAAAAAUAGACCUCCACUGCUCCCAGCGGACAAUAACGUGUUCAACAAAUUGGAACAAAAUAGACAGAGAGGUACUGUGAAAGAUUCUUCAACAAACUUAAAAACUUUACAAAACACUUCCUUGUACGUUAAAGUUGACAAAAAUAGAAAAACUGCUCGAAAGUCUUUCGAUGAUAAAAUAAAUCAGAGUUUAGGUGUACCUACAUUGAUGCCGUUCGAGAGAAAUAAACUUGUAAAAUCUGAGAAUGCUGGAACCCUGUCAAGAAACAAAAAACUGUCCAAUGAAGGAGAAAAAAAGGUUUUAAAAGAACAUAUUACUUCGACAAUUCGCCACCAAAGUGUCGAGGUUGAUGCUGGAUCUACUGCAGCAUUCCCAAAUCCUACGCUAUCAUCAACUUUUGUUGUGAUACGAAAUCCACAAAGGAUCCGAACAAGUUUACAAAAAUCGGAAGAAACAACUACAAUCGAAAAAGCUAAAGAGUUUAUCCUACAUACUUCAACUGUAUCAAUCGUGAACACAAAACACUUUAAACGAAACAUAUCAAAACCGAUGUCAACAUCAGCACUUCAUACAACUUUGUCCGAGAUACAAAACUCGGAAAUUUUACCAAAAAUGGCAUCAUCAACGGUUUUACCAGUACAAGCAGUAGAAACACCAGUGAAGUUGAAUAAAGUUUCAACAACAGUGUUUGCCUCGAAAGAUAUGCUUACCACAACAAUGUUAAGCACUGGAAAAACAACAGAACAACCAUCGACUACAGACAGUAAUAGGCAGGCUAUAACAAACUAUAUGGCUUCAACAACCAGACAAAAAAGUUCAUUUAGAAGAGUCGGCACUUUUAUGACGGAAAGUAAAAUCUUAAAUAUACUAUCUCCAACUAUCCCAACAAAACAAAGUAAAGUCUCAAUGAAUCAGAAAACGACAAUGCACAAACAACAAACAUCUUUAUUGCAAACAACAGGUGUACCGAAACUAACAGUAUCCUCUAAUAAACCAAGUAGGUCCAAAAGCACACCAAUGCAUAGCAGUAAUUUCUCCAAGGAAUACCAUGAUAAGAACCAGAAGUCCGAUGCCAUUAAUUGUGACCCAUUGCUGGCCAAUAGAAGGCACUGGUUAAAUCGGUUACUGAAUGCUUCUUCCAGAAACUUGUCUUUCCUCACAACAACUUUGUCGGUUAAGAGCAGAGCACCACAAGAAGAUUGGACCAUCAGUGACAACAGAGCUUCCGCCGUUGGCAUCGGUUCCAUUGGUGUAGUAGUCAUUGUCGCCAUCAUUGGAGGCGUCAUCUGCCUCGAUGCUGCAACCUUGUACAGAGAUGCCAAGAGGAUUAGGAAAAAGAUAUACCGUAUAUUCAAACCUCUAAAAUCUAACAACAAAGAUACACAGGUCUCUAAAAAAUUGCCAAAGUGGGCACAUUUUGUAACAACAAGAGAUGCGUGAAAAUAUAAACAGUUAUGAAAAAUGUAUAAUUUUCCUCGUGAAAUACGAAUUGCGAUAAAAUGGCACUUUAAAGGAUUUGACAACAUAUGGAGGAAGACUAGAACAUACGAAAGAAAGAGUUAGUUUUCUUAGUUUGUUCAUUGAUAAGAUAUAUUAAUAUAAUAAAUUAUUGACACAAAUGUAAAUUUUCCUCUUGAAUUACAAAUUGCCUUAAAAUGGCACUUAAAAAAAUUAGACAACAUAUGGAGGACAGCUAAAAUAUAUUAAAGAAAGAGUUAGUUUUCUUAGUGUGUGUUAUUGAUAAGAUAUACCAAAAUAUUAAAUAUAUAGCUUUCACAGUUUUAGUGCAUAACUAUUAGAGCAAAAUAUGAUGCGCAUUAGGAGCAUAUGUCCCGUUUGUAGAAAAGUAGACAGAUGUUUUCAUAUAAUAUCUCAGAUGUUAAUUGUGUUUACGCACACUUAGACAGUAUUUUUCUUUUUUGUAAUAAUCUU